AUGCCUCAUAAAUCGGCUGCGCUGCGUCAAAAUAAUGCCCUGAGUCGUUAUGCGGAAAAAUUAAUGACACGUCUAGAGGCUGCCCAAUUGCAUGCUCGACUCCAGAGUAUGUGGUUGGAUCAAUAUAAUCAACGCUUCUGGACCGACAAUAAUGUGCGGUUCAGUCGUGCAUUGCAAGAGUACGAGUCGACCAUCUCACCCAAUACCCCGGCAUCGUUAGAGCAGGUGUCUCCCUUUUAUCGUGAAUGGCUGGCGACCAAUGCCGAGCGUUUGCGGCAUUACAAUCGUACUCUGUGGGUAGCGACCUACAAAGUGAUUGGGGCGCAGGUAUGGUACCGAUGUGUCCUGGGAUAUACCAGAGUCGUAGCUUGGUUGGCGGGUAUGCGUGAAUGA